ACUACCAAUUUUGUAAAUAAAUAAUUUUAAGUCUUGUUUACUAUGUAUUAAAUAUUAAUUUAAUUGAAAAUUACUGAAAAUGUGAUAAGGGACAUAUAUAAUUAUUAUUUCAUUAAGAAUGUAUAUAAAGCGAUUUCUAGGAUAUUUAAAAUCACCUGUUAACAUUUAUAUAACUAGUUAUCCAGUACCAAUAUUACAGGGAAAAAAACGAUAUUACUAUGGGGUGCCUUUAAUAAAUCUGUACGAAAGAUUAAUGGGUCAUACUAUUCCCGAAGUUCUUUUACAUAGGUUAGAAAAAGAAGGUUCUAAAAUUAAUAAUCUUUCUGAAAAAGAUUUAAAAAUUACGCUUCAGAUUCUUAAUAAGUUUGGUAUUAGUGCAGAGGAAGCUUUUAUGGAUCCACAUGUCUUUUGCAUGAAUCCAAUAGCAAUGGAUAACUAUGGAAUGAUCUUGCAGGAAUGCAAUUUCGCUUUUAUACAACCAAAACAUAUCAUAAGAUACCACACAUUGGUUAAAUCGAGGACAAUAAAACAGCUAAAACAAGAAGGUUUGUUGAAAGAGAAUCUUAAAUUGGAAGAGUUGUUAUAUAGCUAUUUUCAUGAUUGGCUCCAAGAAGAUAGAGCAUAUGAGAAUUAUGAUGAUUCCCAAACAAAUAUAUUGUCAAUUAGAAUGAUUGUCUUAGAGAAGUUUCUAAAGUGGAAGUUGCACAUAACUUCAGAGGAAUUCCAGAAGUAUUGCAAGAACUAUCUGCCGUUACGACACAGGCCUAUGAGUGAUAUCAUAGAAUCCUUGGACAUAGCUCAGAAUAAUAUAGAAUUUUCAACCGAAACUAUCAGAAGAAACGGCUGUUUGGUGGCUGCUGAUCCCGUCAAUACGAAACUUAUGCUUGACAAAGUAGAUUCUUUGGGAGGCUUGGAUAUAAGAGAAGCUAUAAGAAUUGAACCAUCAAUAUUGAAGAAUAAUUAUCAGUCUUUACUGCAAAUAAGAAGUUUGUUGGAGCAAUAUAAUAUAUCAGACGAAGCCCAAAGACGUUGUCUCAAAGUAUACUGUAUGAAUCCUAAAACAGUUCAGGAGAGAUUAGAUGAACUUGUUAAUUUGAAAGAAUUUCAGGUUCUGGCGUCUAAUCCUAGAGUUUUAUACAUGGUGGUGCACAAGAGGAAGAUGUUGAAUCGUAUCACCAAAAUCCAAGCCGCCAAGAAACAGUGCUACAGUCUGAACCAUUUAGUAUCAUCAAACAAGAUAUUCAACACUUAUAUUAACAGCUUUGGUAACAAAAUAUGCAGCAGGGAUGUGGCUGUAUUGAUAUGUUCUUCGCUGCACUGUCCUCAUGUAACUAAUAAGUCUGUUCUCGACAAACUCCGUCGUCACAAGUACUGGUUACACACAGCGCUGCAUGUGGUCAAUGAGAACUUACUACUGUUGAAGAAGAAUUUCAGCGACCUGGUGAUAUAUAACAACUGUCAGAUAGUACUGUAUCCAGUCAACGAAAUACAGCACUACAUUGAUUUGUUACUGAGAUUUCGAGAAAAUGGUAAGAUUCCGAGACAUUCAAGAAUUGAAGACAGUAGCUUCAACAACUUAGAGUGUGCCAAACUGACGGACGAUCAGAUAUUGAGUCUGGUUUUGUACGAAAUAGAAAAGAAACAUCAUUUCAGCGGCGACGGUAUUUGGAACAAACUCGACGGAGGGAAGAUUGGAAGCACAAUGAACCACAGAUUAAAACAAAAUUAUGCCAGCUAAUAUAUUUUGUUUAAACCACUCGCUGUUUGAAUUAUUCGAUUUGAAUAAAAGUCUUUUAUAAGCA